ACCACAACUGGGAAAUACAGACGAUGAUCCAUCUAUAAAUUUACAGCUUGGAUUCUUGUGGCUAUUUAGUCUGGCCUUUGUGACGUAUUUGAGCUUAAAAAUAAUCAUUUUUCUAGAAUGUGUGGUAACAAGACCAGACGACAUCGCAUUUAACUCAUUUUUAUUAUUCUCAAAUCUAAUUUACUUUCUCUUUAUAGUCUCGCAAAUUGUUUUUCUCACUUGUUACAAAAGAACACAGUUCCAUUCAACAUUUCAUCUCCAUUUCUCAGUUGUCUGCAUCAUUGCGGCUAAUUUCUCCAUAUGGUACAGUUCAACCAUUCACAAUAUGUUUGCCAAUGGAAAUUCUACCGGUGUUUAUAACAACUCCUGCUUUCACGCUUCAAAAAUCCAAAAGACAUUAGGAAGAAAAGUAUCUUCCAUGCUCUUACCACCUCAGUUAGAAUUCUGUGUUCUUGCUUCGACCCUUCUUGUAGCCCUGUGGAAAAAUGCACAGGAAUGCCAAACUGCAGAACGACGUACCACAUAUAGUUUUUUGACUGGUGAUAUGCAUGACAGACAUACUUAUGCUGUUUCUAAAGGAGUGAAUGGUAUUUACAUCCUGGCUUUAAUAUUUGGGAUUUUCAUUAAUGUACCACAUUUUAUUUCUACAAUUCUUUUAAACUUUGUUUAUAAAUGGAAAAACAAAAGUGUGAUUAUCGUGUACGACAUUGGUCAGAGUUUAAUCUCAUUAAGCACAUUUGUUAUAGUGUAUGUAUGCAGUCGUAAAAUCAAACUUGAUUCUAAUUUUACCAAGAAACCGUUGAUUAUACGAGAAUACAUCUUGAUUCUAAGCUCCACUGGAAUUAUGGCAUAUUUCACAUUUGAAUUUUUAGCAGGUGUAUCUGGAUUUACCAUCUCGAAAUUUAUCAUUCUUAGUUCCAUAUCCGGAAUGCUUGAAACCUUUCUCCAGACUUUGCUUUUGAUCAAUUCUUGUCGCUACACAAUGCUGCAAAGUGGCUCAAACGUGAUAUCGUCUUGUUCAAUAAUUCUGGUCAUCACAAACUUGACAUACUGGUUGGAGAACUCAUACAACAGAAGUAUUAUCUCUCUAACUCGGUAUAACGACCACAACAAUGUUAACUACAUGGAUAUCAUUCUAGUGCCUUUGAUGAUAUUUUACAGAUUUUUUUCUGGAAUAAGUGCGUAUUCAAUGUAUAAAAGAUUUAAAAUUGAAUAG